GGUGUUGCAGGAUAUAAUGCAGUCCCAUGUCCUUCAGGUUCAAGUUGACAGUUCAGGAAUGUCACCAGCAGCACAGAGAUGUUGGACGUUAUGCCAGGAGAAACAGAGACAGAUAUACCAGCCACAGGUGCUGUAUUUACCUUUGGAAAGAGUACAAUAGCAGGUAAUGUGCCAAGCAGGUUAUGGCUGAAGAAUGACAUACCUGUGCAAAUCUCAUGUGGACAGUCACACUCUGCCUUUGUAACAGAGCAGGGCCGUUUGUUUGUGUUUGGAAGUAAUAGCAGAGGUCAGCUUGGUCUAGUAACCAAAGGACCAGCAACUAAGCCUAUCUAUGUAAAAGCUCUUAAAGUGGAGAGAAUUCAGCUUGUUGCCUGUGGGACUGAUCACACACUUGUAAGCACCUUACAAGGAGAGGUUUUUGCAACUGGAGGAAACAGUGAUGGACAGUUAGGAUUGGGUCACUGUAAUGACAGCAUCUCUUUCCAGCGACUCCACCCCUUCUGUGACUCUGCUCCAAUCAAAUUGCUCUCUGCUGGUAACCACACCUCUGCUGUGCUCACAGAGGAUGGCAGGCUGUUUCUGUGGGGUGAUAACUCAGUUGGUCAGCUUGGUCUGGGAAAUGACAGUCGUGCCUUAUUACCUAAAGAGCUGAAAUUGGGACAGCCUGUUCAGUGGGUUUCAUGUGGAUACAUACACUCAGCUCUGGUCACAAACAAUGGAGAUGUUUUCACUUUUGGGGAGAGUGCAGAUGGAAGACUGGGUCUUUCUGCUGAUCAGUUGGCCAAUCACAAUUAUCCUCAGCGAGUAGACUCUCUGCAAAGUGUUCUGCAGGUGGCGUGUGGAGGCAAGCACACACUAGCCCUCACAGAGGAUGAGUUAUAUUCAUGUGGCUGUGGGGAGUUUGGGCAGUUGGGUUUGGGAACACUUGUGUUUGAAGCAGACACACCUGUUGCUGUCGGCCACUUCAGGAAAGGCAGGGUCAUUUAUGUCACAUGUGGUGAAAACCACAGUGCACUCAUAACAGAUAGUGGACUUCUUUACACAUUUGGAGAUGGUCGUCAUGGAAAGUUAGGCCAUGGAGAUGAGAACUUCACCAAUCAAUUCAGUCCAACUGUAUGCCAGAGGUUCUUUGAUUACUAUGCAAUGACUGUGGCUUGUGGUUCCAGUCACACACUGGUUUUUGCACGGCCAAGGCAACAGGAAAGUGAGGAGGUUUGUUUAGAGGAUGAAGACAUGACCUACUUUUACCUGGACAGGUGUUUUAACUCCAUGUUGCAGGGGAAACCAUUAGAGCACAUUCCAGAACCUGCUCUGAUCUCACAGCCUGCAUUUCUUGCUACAUUUCUUCCAAGCUGUCACCGUUGGAGUCUAUCAACACGUUCCAGACGGAGACAGAGGGAGAGCUCAUCUGCACAGUUUGGCCUAGAAUUUCUUAAUUUCCCUCCACUUACAACUAGCUUUACCACACAAUCGCUGACAGGCAACAUCCUACAACCUUUAAGAGACACUGCUAAACACUUCAAAACUGAUGCCUAUAAAGAAUUUUCUUCUACCUCAGUCACACAACCUGCCAAAUAUGAUUUUAGCAGCCCAGCCAGGACACCACCAUCAUCACCUGUCAGUAAGAGUGCAAGGUACAUCAACAAUGUUGGAACUGCUGAAAACAGCAUGUCAGACAAGAAACAGAAUGAAAAAGAUAUGGCAAGACUGUCUUCAAUUGGAAGGGUGGAGACAAGAGCAGAGAAUGCACCUCAACAGACUCCGCCCACUGAACAAAAGACUGGUUCUGUUUCCCAUCAGUCACUGACAGAAUCUCUACCUCCAAGCAAUCGAAAAUGCAGGAAACGCAGGUCAGGAGAUCCAGGGAAUACCACGAUGAAGGAACAUCUUUCUGUUACUACAGCAUCACAAAGUGAAAUGGAAUCCAACAUAUACAAAAAACGUACCCAGAUUAAAAAUAAUGAAUCUAAAGGUCAAACUUUAGUGGUAAAAUCAUCUCCAGAUAUAAUGUCGGCUCAAGACACGGAGAAAAGCAAUGAAACACCCAGCACUAAUACUAAUAUUGACACAACUGCAAAAAACGUGGGUUCCACAAAAAUUAAAGAUCGAAAAGGCACUACUCUUGGGAAGAUUAAACCACACAUCAAGUCAAGUCCAGUUAAAAAAGACACAAGCUCUCUUGCUAUUGAUCAAAAAGAGACCAAGUCUGAUCCAGUGCAAAUUGAGCAAGUUAAAACAACCCCUACAAAAGUUCAAGAUGUGAAAUCCCCCUCUAAAGUCAAAGAGGUUGGUAGUCCAGUAAAAGCAAUAAAAAGGGUCAGGCCACCAUUCAAAGUUCAAGAUGUGCCAUACGGCACCAAGGAAGAUGGAGAGGUUGAAUCAACACCUUACACAGAUGCUCAAAGAGAUGUCAAACUGUCCCUUGGAAAGUCUCAAGAGGUCAGAUCAACAUUGAUCAACAUACAAGAACAAGGAAACACCACAACAGUCAAAAUUCCAGAUAAAAUCCAAAACGCUCCUGAAAAAGGGAAAGGAAAGAAUGAUGUUGACACAAAGGAAAACACUGGUGCAUUUUCACCAAAGAAAGCAAAAACGCCUAGCCCUCUAUCAGUUUCCAUACCCAAACAAAGAGAUGGUAAGGCUUGUGGAGAGGGGGCUCGAGGAAUGUCUAAAGCAAAAAAAGGAAAACCUGUGGAAGCUGAGAACUUCCAGCUUAGACCUGUAGAACUGGGACAAGAAACUACAGGAGUCAAAAGACAGAACGAUAAUGACACACUGAAGGACUCCAAUAUUUAUUUUCCCCUAAUAGAAAACAGGCAGUCAUCCAGUAAUACACCAGCUACAGAAAAAUCACAAUCAGAUUCCAGUUUGCAGUUUGACCAUAAAAAGAGCCAAUCACCCAACAAUAAAGUACUUAUUGAACAGAAACAAGGAUUUCCAUCUAUUAAAACUUUAGCUCCAGAGAGAAGCCACUCAGUUUCAAGUCUAUGGUCAAUUAACCAAUCAGCAACCAAUGAAUCUUCCACCUCAAAAGAAACCGAAUCAUUAUUUGGUAAACUGUUAAGCCCAUCUAGUUCAUCACCACAACACAGGCAGUCACCACUAAAAGAAAAUAAAUUAGCUUUAAAAACAGUUGAAUCUGAACCAGUGUUGGUAACAGAGACCUCACAGUCUGUCAGGAAGCCACAAGCUGAGCAAAGCAUUAUUGGUAGUGUAGUUUCAUCACUACCAAGCUUGGCUUUAGCUAGCGGAGCACCACUACUGAUAAAAGUAGCUGACGUGCUUUCUGAAACUUCUAACACCAGUACUGCACUAGAACAAUAUGCUUCAGUCCCCCAGGAAACAACAGGAAACAAUAUCCAGAAAGCCACAGUUCAGGAUGUAUCAGCAAUCAGCGAGAAUCAGGAAACAGGUGACAGCAGUACUAAAAAGCAGAGUGAGAGCACAAAAUGUCACCCUGAGGAUGGGGAAGACGUUGAAAAGGAAAUGUUGGUGAGUGGUAAUGCAGAAAGCGAGGAUGAGGAAGAUGAGAAAGACAGUGAGAUUGGAGAGGAAAAGAGAGGUGAAGAAGAGAAUUUCACUAAGGAAGAAGAUGAAAGUGAGGAGGGUGGUCAGGAAAAGCAGAACAGCCCUUUUGAAGAGACAGAGGAAGGAGAGAGUGUAAAUGAUGGGGAUAGCAGAGAUGGAGAGAGUGCUGAAAAAGGAUUGGAGGAAGGUGAGGAAGAGGAGGGAGAAGAAGAGGAAAAUGGAGCAGCAGGAGAUGAAGAGGGUGACAGUGAUACCAAACAAAACAGUAACAGUGAGAAAGAAAAGAGUGAAGGAGAGGGGAGUGGAGAUAGUGAGGUUACAAGUAAAUAUAACAAGGGUGGAGAGGAAGACGGAGAGGAGAGUGAGAUUCAAAAGAGAGGGAAUGAUGACAGUACAGAGAAAAAAGAAGAGGGGGAGAAAGGAGAAGCAGAGAGUGAGGAGGAUAAAGACAAGGAGAGUGGUGAUGAAGAGGAGGAAGAAUGGGAUGAAGGGAGUGAGAGAGCAGUAGAAGACGAUGAGACCAAAGAGAAAACAGAUGUAGAGAAAGAGCAGGAAGGCGAGAGCAGUAAUGAACAGUCAGGACAGGAGGAGAAAAUGGAACGAGGGAAGGAAUCUGAUAAUGAGGAUGAAGAAAACAAAGAAAAAUCAGAUGAAGAGGAAGAGAAAGGAGAGAGUGAGGAACAGGAGGUCGGGAGUGAGAUAGAGGAGGAAGAGUAUGAGACAGGUGAGAAGGAAGAGGAGGUAAAAGUGAAGUCUGAAGGAGGUAGUAACGGAGAGGAGGAAGCAGAUGAAGGUGAGGGAGAGGAAGAUGAAGAGAGUGAGGAAGAUGAUGAGGUAGGAAAUGAAGUUGAAAAGGAAAAUCAAGAGAAGGAAAUUGAUCAUGAAGAGGAGGAAGAAGAAAAUGGAGACCAGGCAAACGAGGAAGAAGAGAAUGAGGAAGAGGAAAACGAAGAAGAGGAGAAUGGAACGGAUGAAGAGGAAAAUAAUGAACAAGUAAAGGACAGGAAAGGUGAAGAAGAUGAGGAGGAGGGUGUGGAGGAGGAAGAAGAGGAGAGUAAUAUAGAUGAAGAAGAGGAGGAAGAGGAAGAAGAGGCCACAAAAUGGCAAAGAGAGAAGAUUGAGUCUGCUAAAAGUGUGACUAAGAAACCAGCAAAUGCCAAAGACUCACAGGGGCAUGAAAAAGUGAAUGCUGAAAAAGAGAGACAGAAAACAGCAGAGGGGAAUGAAGACAGUGAAAGACAGGAAUUGGGUGAAAAGACUGAGUUACAGGAUGGAGGAAAAGAAGAGGGCGAGUGGAAAAUAGAUGCAAGUGAAGAAGAGGAGGAGGAAGGAGAAGCUGAGAGUGAGGAGGAUAAAGACAAGGAGAGUGGUGAUGAAGAGGAGGAAGAAUGGGAUGAAGGGAGUGAGAGAGCAGUAGAAGACGAUGAGACCAAAGAGAAAACAGAUGUAGAGGAAGAGCAGGAAGGCGAGAGCAGUAAUGAACAGUCAGGACAGGAGGAGGAGAAACGGGAACAAGGGAAGGAAUCUGAUAAUGAGGAUGAAGAAACCAAAGAAGGCUCAGAUGAUGAUGAAGAGAAAGAAAAGAGUGAAGAGGAGGAUGGGAGUGAGGAAGAGGAGGAAGAGUAUGAGACAGAAGAGGAGGAAAAAGUGAUGUCUGAAGGAGGUAGUAACGGAGAGGAGGAAGCAGAUGAAGGAGAUGGAGAGGAGGAAGAUGAAGAGAGUGAGGAAGAUGAUGAGGUAGGAAAUGAAGUUGAAAAGGAAAAUCAAGAGGAGGAAAUUGAUCAUGAAGAGGAGGAAGAAGAAAAUGGAGACCAGGCAAACGAAGAAGAAGAGAAUGAGGAAGAGGAAAAUGAAGAAGAGGAGAAUGAGGAAGAGGACAAUGAAGAAGAGGAGAAUGGAAUGGAUGAACAGGGAAAUAAUGAACAACUAAAGGAAAGGAAAGGAGAAGAAGAAGAUGAGGAGGAGUGUGUGGAGGAGGAAGAAGAGGAGAGUGAGAUAGAUGAGGAAGAGGAGGUUGAGGAAGAGGAAGAAGAGGCCACAAAAUGGCAAAGAGAGAAGAUUGAGUCUGCUAAAAGUGUGACUAAGAAACCAGCAAAUGCCAAAGACUCGCAUGGAAAAGUGAAUGCUGAAAAAGAGAAACAUAAAAAAGCAGAGGGGAAUAAAGACAGGGAAAGACAGGAAUUGGGUGAAAAGAUUGAGGUACAGGAUGGAGAAAAAGAAGAGUGCGAAGGGAAAAUAGAUACAAGUGAAGAGAAGUUAAAGGAAGAAGAGAAUAUUGACAUCUCAGAAACACAGGAAAUGGACAGUGUAGAUGAAGAUCUUCAAGGAGACAAGCUGAAUGAAAUGAUGGAAGAACAUGAAGAGGAAACAAUAGGAAGUGAGGAAGAAGAGGAGGAAGAAACAGAACAGAAAGAAGAGAAUAUAACAGCAGAGAAAAAUGGGAGAAAGCAGAGGGCAAAUUAUGAACAGGAAGAAGAGAGUGAGGAAGAAGAUGAGGAUGAUGAAGAGGAAGAAAGUGAGGAGGAGGAAGAAGAGGAAGAGGAGCAAGAAAGUGACGAAGAAGAGGAAGAAGAAGAAAGGAUCGAACAAAGGAAAGCACCAAAACAGAGCAUCAAACCGAAAGCAUUGUCUGUGGACAGACAGGGUGUCAGACAGACAAUUGCACAGAGAGACAGAGAGAAGACUGUAAAAAGAGAUCUUCAAGGGAAGAAGCAAACAGCCAGUGGUGCUCAGGACCCUCAGUUCUGGAACAAUGUCUUACCACAGUAUCUAAACCUUAAAUGAUCCCAAUGUGAAAAAGUGUUUCUUAAAGGUGUUUCAUAAAGGCCAGUGAACUCAAAUUAAACGGCCUAUAUUCACAGUUCUUGAAAUAUGGAUGGGUGGAUGAGAUGGCUGUAAACAAGAUAAAUGGGCAUCAAAAAAUGGUUUAUGAAAAAAUAUUCUAUAUACAUUAUACAGUAUCUAUAAUUUAGUAUGAUAUACAGCUUUAACCAAGAGGUCAUUUCUCACUUCAAGUGCCAUGACUGAAUUUAUCCCAUACUUAUUCCAUUAUGGAUGAUCAUAAUCUUUAUUUCAGUGUAUAGAGCAAAGAUGUAUUUAUCAAAGGUUUGUGAAGUAUUUAUUGCUGUGUGGUCUGUUUGUUUUAUUUUUCUGUGAGCAGAAAAAUAUAAUUCUGAGUGAAUAAAAUAG